AUGCAGGCGCUGGUCACGGUGCGGAAUGAGAGUGCAGAGCUGGAAAAGGCUCCGGCACAUCGACGACUGGAUGUUGUGGCUGAGGAGCUUGUGGACGGUGCGUGUGGGACGGCGGCGGCGGCAAGGGCUUGGCCCGGCCUCGGCGCUGACGGCCGGGUGGUGGCCUGGUCCGACACCGGGGUGGUGGCGUACGCCUGCGAGGCCACUGAAGACGGGUCUGGAGCGGGCGAGGUCGCCAAAGGCAAGGCACAGGCAAAGAGUGAGCGGAGCGUGUGCGUGGUCCAGCCGGGCGAGCCGGGCGAGGUCGCCAUCGUGGCCACGGGCCUCCGGGCAGCCAUUCGCUGGCUCGCCUGGUCCCCUCUCGGCACGCGGCCGCGACUGCUAGUUGUUGAUGACGACGCCAUGGUUACUGUCCUCUCCACGUCUACACAGCACAGUGCAUCCGUCAACGAGUGGAUCGUCUCCAAGCCCGAGUCGCUUGCCGAGUCGGUCGGUCCCGUUGCCGCAGUCGCCUGGCUCAGCUGCCCCGGAUGGCUGCAUCUGCCCAAGCCGAGCCGGAGCCCACCGAGCUCAUCAGCCCCCAUCCCCGACUGGACGGCCGAAAUGGCCCGCGAUCCCCAGCGAGGGCCCGGGGAGCAGUACACGAUGCACGACAUAGUUGCGUUCAUCGGCAUCUCGGGCGUUUUUGCGCAGUAUGUCGUCGAAAAUGGCACGCCUCGCCUCAACUCGUCGAUUAUCCUCCCGGUCCAGCAUCGCAUGACGCAGGCCGCCAUGGUCGGCACCACUUCAGGCGGUGUCCGAGUUGCCUGGGCCGACACUUCGCGCGCCGUCACCGUGUGCAGCAUCUCUUAUUCGAAUCUCCUGCCGUCGCUCUCUCAUCUUGUCGGGACCUUUACCGCCUCGGCGCCGCCGCUGGCCGGGCCGUCGUCCAAGAUUCACAUUCCGGCACCGGCCAUCGUCACCCACAUGGCUUUUCACUCUGCAGAGCCCGGCCUCCUCUACACGGUCACGUGCAAUGCCGCGAGCGAGUCGCGCCUCGAGCAGUGGCGGGUCGGCUCGCUCGAGGGGACCUUGCCGCCCGAGGCGCAGCCAGCACACGAGCCUGGGGCACUCGACGAUCCACUGGAGACCUUUCUGUCUGGCAUCACGUCAAGCGCGCCGCCGCCAGCUCGCCUCCACUUUCUCGACUUUUCAAGCCAGGACGACACGAUUGUCGAUGGCGCCGAGCCCAAGCCGAGCUUGUCGCUCGUCGACGCGCUCGCCGGGCGAGUCACUGCGCUAGUCGUCUCAGACCCGCUCUAUGCUCGCGCCGAUACCAUUCCUAUGGCAUCCGUGGCGGUCGGCCUCGGAUCCGGUGCUGUCCACAUCUUUGACGCCGACAACCUUGCCAAGCUCGACGUGGCCAAUCCGGCGCGCGUGCCACCGCCGGCCGCGUCCAAGAAGCGAAAGGUGCUCUCCGGGCACGCCGAUGCAAUGGCCGCAAUUGCCCAUGCCCACCCCUACACCUCUCCACCGAGCACACCGCUGGCGCUAGCAUUUGCGCCAUGUAGUGGCGCGCUGGUUGCACUCGACGCCGCCGACGCACUGCAUUUCUUCGCCCACCCUGCAGUGCUGGCACCAGCGGUGCCGGCAACGUCUGCGCUUACCAGCGCCUUUCUCGCCGCCAUUGCCAACCGCGUCGAGUUUUGGGAUCUUGUCUUUCUCGCCCGCGCCUAUGCACUGAACAACACGGCUGGCGCAGGAGUCUUUGUCCGCGGUGUCAUCACCGACCUCGCCGCCGCCCUCGACCGGCUCCCUGACCCGGUCCGCCGUGUCCACGAGCCGGCAACUCUCGCGGCCAUUGUCUCACUCCUCCAGCUCCUCGAGAACUCUGAAGUUGCGAUCAUCAACGCGCGGUCGAGCAUCCUCCUUCUCUACAUGCUUGAUGUCAUCGAGCGGGUGAGCGGGCCAAUGGCCCCAUUCCAUGAGGCGCUUGCCAGUGAUUACGCGCUCUUGGCAUCAACUAGGCAGUCUUGGGCGCGGAUGCCGGCAAGUAGCGCAGGCUCAACGACCGGCGCCGACCUGGUCCCUGUGCUCGAGGACGAGCGACUCGGCGACAUCAACAUGUACUGGCAUUUUUCGCAGUAUGAUGCCCUCUCGCUCAUGCAUAUUGUCAACUGGACGCUCCAGUUUGGCCUCUUUCUCAUUUCCAACCUGCGACGGUACGCGACUGUGGCCGAGGCCGAGCCGUCGCAAAUUCCGCUUGUCGAGGUUGUCACCAGCGAGCAGGCGAGCAAGGCACUCGCCCGCUUCCGCGAGCUCCUCCUCCUUGUCGCGCUUCUCCUGCGUGACCCGAGCAUCAUCGAUUGUGACGUGGUCAAGCAGCUAUGGCAGUAUCGGGCGUCGCCGCAGUAUGCGGACAACAUGUACCACGUGGUGAGCCAGCUGUAUGUCCUCUCCCAGGCCGAGCGCGACGACAGCUCACGGCGUGCAGCGCUGCUGCACAUACUCCGCGACGAUGUCAUUGCCCUCUUCUCGCCCUCGCCGUCAUCGACAGACAUCGACAAGGUCUUUCAGCGCCUCGACCUCCACCCGCACCGAAUCGACAUCCUUGCCACCGCGCCCACGCGUCCAUGCAAGUGA